UCCCCGACUAUUUUCACUGCCAGAGGGGGAUUUGUGUGCGAAAAUGGCGACGUCUCGUCGCACUUCCCAGCAGCAGCAGCAACAACAACAAAACUUAUCCUCCCCACCAAGACCCGAUUCCUGUCCCCUCACGCCUCUGGAAUCACCCACCGACACCGGCUGCUCUGCAGUUGGUGGGGAAGCGGAGAGCAUCAGGGAACCGGAGAUCACUGUUGAAAUCCCCGCUCCGCUACUCAGCACCAGCAGCAGCAGCAGCAGCUCUAGCUCGAGCAGCACUAGCUCGUCUACCACCGGCGGGGGCAGUAGUGCGGGCUCCACUCCCGACUCCGGUAGUGCCAGUCCUGGAGGCAGCGGCUGCGGGACGAGUGGGGCUUUUAGGGAGCUGUUUGAGGCCUGCAGGAAUGGGGACGUGUCUCGGGUGAAGAAGCUGGUGGAUUCGGUCAAUGUAAACGCUAAGGACAUGGCUGGACGCAAGUCCACCCCGCUUCACUUCGCUGCAGGUUUUGGAAGGAAAGACGUUGUGGAGCAUCUCCUGCAGACGGGGGCGAAUGUACACGCGCGAGACGAUGGAGGUUUGAUCCCGUUGCACAACGCCUGUUCCUUCGGUCACGCUGAGGUGGUCAGCUUGCUACUUUGUCAAGGAGCUGAUUCCAAUUCCAGAGACAACUGGAAUUACACUCCCCUCCAUGAAGCUGCCAUUAAGGGUAAAAUUGAUGUAUGCAUCGUUCUGCUCCAGCACGGUGCUGAUCCCAACAUCCGCAACACCGACGGCAAGUCUGCCCUGGACCUGGCUGACCCGUCCGCUAAAGCUGUUCUCACCGGUGAAUACAAGAAGGACGAACUCUUGGAAGCUGCGAGGAGCGGAAAUGAAGAGAAGCUCAUGGCCCUGCUUACGCCGUUAAACGUCAACUGCCAUGCCAGCGAUGGUCGUAAGUCGACAUCUCAAAAAAUGCUGUCCACUCCAUUGCAUCUGGCAGCCGGAUAUAACAGAGUUCGAAUAGUUCAACUUCUCCUGCAACAUGGUGCUGACGUUCACGCUAAAGAUAAAGGUGGUCUUGUUCCUCUGCACAAUGCCUGUUCGUAUGGACACUAUGAAGUUACAGAGCUGCUGCUGAAGCAUGGGGCGUGCGUUAAUGCCAUGGACCUCUGGCAGUUCACCCCUUUGCACGAGGCUGCCUCCAAGAAUCGUGUGGAAGUUUGUUCCCUGCUGCUGAGUCAUGGUGCUGACCCCACGCUGGUCAACUGCCACGGGAAGAGCGCAGUGGACAUGGCCCCGACCCCAGAACUCAAAGAGAGGCUCACAUACGAGUUUAAGGGCCACUCUCUUCUUCAGGCGGCACGGGAAGCAGACAUGACCAAGGUGAAGAAGACCUUAGCUUUGGAGAUUAUCAACUUCAAGCACCCACAGACGCACGAGACGGCACUGCACUGUGCGGUGGCUUCACCUCACCCAAAACGAAAACAGGUCACUGAACUGCUGCUACGGAAAGGAGCCAAUGUCAAUGAGAAGAACAAAGACUUCAUGACGCCUCUCCAUGUGGCAGCAGAACGGGCGCACAACGACAUCAUGGAGGUUCUGCAGAAACACGGGGCGAAGAUGAAUGCUGUUGACACUCUGGGUCAGACGGCGUUGCACCGGGCGGCUCUGGCUGGACACUUGCAGACGUGCAGGCUGCUGUUGAGUUAUGGAGCUGACCCCGCCAUCGUCUCUCUGCAGGGCUUUACAGCUGCACAGAUGGGCAAUGAAGCUGUACAGCAGAUCCUAAACGAAAACAUUCCAGUGAGAAACUCAGAUGUGGAUUAUAGACUCUUAGAAGCAGCAAAAGCAGGAGACUUGGACACUGUGAAGCAACUUUGCUCCCCUCAGAAUGUGAACUGUCGAGACCUGGAGGGUCGUCACUCCACGCCACUCCAUUUUGCUGCUGGCUACAAUCGCGUGGCCGUGGUUGAGUACCUUCUGCACCACGGCGCUGAUGUCCACGCCAAAGACAAAGGAGGUUUGGUGCCGCUGCAUAAUGCCUGCUCGUACGGCCAUUACGAAGUGGCAGAGCUGCUGGUCAGACAUGGAGCGUCGGUCAACGUAGCAGACCUGUGGAAGUUCACCCCGCUGCAUGAGGCCGCAGCCAAGGGCAAAUACGAGAUCUGCAAACUGCUUCUCAAGCAUGGAGCAGACCCCACCAAGAAGAAUCGGGAUGGAAACACUCCAUUGGACAUGGUAAAGGAGGGAGACACAGAUAUCCAGGACUUGCUGAGAGGAGAUGCAGCGCUUUUGGAUGCCGCCAAAAAAGGCUGCCUGGCCCGGGUCCAGAAACUGUGCAGCUUGGAGAACAUCAACUGCAGAGACACACAGGGACGCAACUCGACUCCGCUGCACCUGGCAGCUGGCUAUAACAAUCUGGAGGUAGCGGAGUAUUUACUUGAGCAUGGGGCGGAUGUCAAUGCGCAGGACAAAGGUGGCCUUAUUCCCCUCCACAACGCAGCCUCGUACGGGCAUGUGGAUAUUGCGGCCCUGCUGAUCAAAUACAACACCUGUGUAAAUGCCACUGAUAAAUGGGCCUUCACGCCCCUCCAUGAGGCCGCACAGAAGGGCCGCACGCAGCUCUGCGCUCUGCUGCUGGCCCACGGGGCCGACCCCACCAUGAAGAACCAGGAGGGACAGACACCGUUGGACUUAGCGACGGCUGAUGAUAUCCGGGCUCUGCUGAUUGAUGCCAUGCCCCCUGAAGCGCUGCCUAGUUGUUUCAAGCCCCAGGCCACGGUGGUCAGUGCCUCUGUCAUCUCUCCAGCAUCCACACCUUCCUGCCUGUCCGCCGCCAGCAGCAUAGACAAUCUGGCCGGGCCCCUGGCAGAGCUAGCUGUACCUGGAGCCUCAGGCCCUGCUGAUGGGGCUACUGGAUCAGAGAGGAAGGAGGGAGAAAUUACAAUUCUGGAUAUGAACAUCAGUCAGUUCCUGAAGAGUUUGGGUUUGGAGCAUUUGAGGGAUAUUUUUGAGCGGGAACAGAUUUCGCUGGAUGUGCUGGCUGACAUGGGCCAUGAGGAGCUCAAGGAGAUUGGGAUCAAUGCAUAUGGGCACAGACACAAACUCAUCAAAGGCAUUGAGAGGCUGCUGGGCGGUCAACAAGGUGCCAACCCAUACCUGACAUUCCACUGUGCAAGUCAGGGCACGGUGCUGAUCGACCUGGCACCUGAUGACAAAGAGUUUCAGUCAGUGGAGGAGGAGCUCCAAAGUACGAUCAGAGAGCACAGGGAUGGUGGCAAUGCGGGGGGCGUUUUCAGCAGGUACAACAUCUUGAAGAUUCAGAAGGUGGUGAACAAGAAGCUGAGGGAGCGAUACGCUCACAGGCAGAAGGAGAUUGCAGACGAGAACCACAACCACCACAACGAGCGCAUGCUCUUUCACGGGUCACCAUUCAUCAACGCCAUCAUCCAUAAAGGGUUUGAUGAGAGGCACGCCUACAUCGGGGGGAUGUUUGGGGCAGGAAUCUACUUUGCAGAGAACUCCUCAAAAAGCAACCAGUAUGUGUAUGGCAUCGGAGGAGGGACGGGCUGCCCCACACAUAAAGACCGAUCCUGUUACAUCUGUCACAGGCAGAUGCUGUUUUGCCGGGUGACUUUGGGUAAAUCCUUCUUGCAAUUCAGUGCCAUGAAGAUGGCCCACGCUCCUCCAGGGCACCAUUCCGUCAUCGGCCGACCCAGCGUCAACGGGCUAGCCUAUGCCGAAUAUGUCAUCUACCGAGGGGAACAGGCCUACCCAGAGUACCUCAUCACAUACCAGAUCAUCAAGCCAGACAGCACACCUCCUUCCCCAGCAGCGGCGGAGCAGAAGUCCUAGUCUAAGCAGGUCCCAGAUCAGCGGCCCUGCAAAAUGCUCAGACUGUUACCCAGACAUUUUACACACUCACAUUCACUCACCCGUAAGCCUCUGCACUGCCUCUUUAAUUUGCAGUUAUGCUUCAUUUUUGUCCUCGUGAGUGUUUACAAGAAAGAGUUGCCUUGGCUGGCCAUGUCCUGGCCCUCCUCUUCGGGUCAAAGGUCAGGAUAUAGGCCACAAUGUUGUUUCAGGGCUCAGCUGAAAGGACUGUCGCCUGCUCCGUGAAAGACAACAAGUGACCUCUUCCCUGUCAUUCUACACGAUUUAACACUGUUCAAGCAUUAGCUUCCUUUCUUUGAAACGGUUUUACUAGUACUGUGAUUAAUUACCCGUUUUAUUUUCAUUAAUAUAGUUCACAAUAACAGACCACUUCUCAAAGGGACCUGACAUUUCAGCAAUCCUCCUUUCCUUUAUUGAAGUUUACUAAAGACCCUGAAAAUCGCAUUGUUGUGGGUUUUUUUCCUUUAUGCAUUGUUGUUAAAAAAAAAAAAAAAAAAAAAGCCUUAGAGGGGUUUUAAAGCAAAGAGAAUGUCGAUGCAGAGACCAGAACUAUUCAAAAAAGCCUUUGACCACAAAAUAGCUAAAUAAAAUUAUUAAAAAAUUUUUCUUUCCCCAAAUACUCAUAUUUUUACAUAUCUUUGCACAGGAAUACUGGUCAGAAUGUCCCAUUCCAUUGUCAUAGCCUAAUCUGAAAAUCGAUCUUUUAAGAAUUUGCACUUUUAAGCAGGACUUAAGUUAUUCAAAAUAAUUUUAAAAAAAGAUGUAGGUUAAAAAAAAUUCCAGUAAUGUACAGGUUGUGUAAUGGACAAUGCCUUUGUAUAGCUUUUAAUGUUGUUUACUGAUUCAGAGUGGGUUUUAUUACUGUAGUACUGUAAAGGAAGUGGGAAUUCUUGCUUUCAGAUCUUUCCUUCUAUAUUUUCGGACGACCAUGUGACUCCGCUUUGGAAGUCGCUCCUUUUGCUUUGGGUUUGUUUUGGAUCACAACCACGGGAAUUCCUAAAUCUUGUUCAUUCCAGUCCUGUUUCUCUGGCGUCAGAGAAACGCCUCUUUUACGAGGGUCUCCGUAACGUUUUAACUGUUACACACUACUGAUAUCAGCAGCUCUGCUGACUCGCGUUCAUGUUACAGAAUGAAAUGAAGGACAUGGUUCUACCUCUGGAUGUCUCAUGGUUUGGUUGCUUUGCUCAGGUGUAGUUUGUGGUUCUGUACAUGUGUACUGGAGGUCAUCUGCCUUACUCCAGGACUCUCUGUGUUCAAACAAGAGAGAGAGAGAGAGCGCAGACCUUUCUUCUUCUCUUAGUAGUAUGAGCACAGACAUGUCCACUGCUCCCCUCAAGCCAAUACAUGGGAGAUUAACUCCUGAACUAUUUCUCAAUUCUCUGAGCUGUAUUUUUACUUUAUUUCCAUGUUCCUGUGAACUAUAAUCAGAAGCGGCUUAUCUACUGUAAGCCAUCUGCGGAUUAAUCAAACACUCCUCAAUCAUGUAAAAUGGUCUUAAUAAAGUACAUGUCAUAAA